CGUAUCGUAUCACUUCCUCUUAAUCGCCAUCAUGCAGCCCCUUCAAGCCGAUAUGGAUAUCGACAUGCUCGUCCCCAACGAGGAGGGUAUCACACCCGAGGAGCGUGAGCAGAGGAGAAAUGCGAUCAAGAAGUUCAUGGAGAGGAAGAAAGUUGCCCAAUUGACGGAACAGCUCCGCAUGCGUCUCUCCUACGCCUCUUUCAAAGCAUCACGAGGCUAUUCCGCUCUCCCGUUCAGCAAGCUCGACCCCCUCGUAGACCAGGAGAUAGCCGCCCGCUCCCCUUCACCCAGCAUAUCUAGCACCAUGAGCGGCGCCUCUCUGAACGGGCGCACCGGUGCAGGAGGUAAGCGCUCGCGCGCGCGCCCAAAUUCCUAUACUGCAGGUGCCACACACCCAUAUGUUCCUCCGACUGGCAUCGGCCUGGGCAUGAAGCACUUAAACUUGUCCGCCUCAGCUGGUGCCUACCCCGCGCUCGACAGUUUCCCAAGAGACGCUACCGGACUUCCGGCUCCUGGAUCGCUCUACAUGGCCCUCUUCGGCAGUGCCCCACUAGGCUCGAACGGGUUCUCACCAAUCAAACAUUCUCCCUCUGUUGACUACUCGCCCAAGAGUUCCAGCUUUGGCUCGGGCUCAAGCGGCAGCGGCACCGGCACCGGCACUCGCAGGAAACGCACUUCCGGCGCAGCGGGCAGCCUCCCACCUCCCAACAGUCCAAGGAAGCACAGGCGCACGACAGGGAGCGCGAGCUUCUCCCACCCGCCGCGUAACUCUUCCGGGCGCGCGCUCCAACAAGAGGCUGAAGCAGCUGCAAUCCUCACAAGCUUCCUCAGUUCACAGGAAUCAGCCGCCUCCCCCAUAGGCACACAAAGCCAAUCAACAAAGGUCAACGGAUCGAGCCUGUCCCGUACCUCUUCCACGAGCUCCUCAGGCCCCAAAGGAGGGCUAGGAGCACCUUUCUCCGUAUCGGAGAACAGCCAGCCUCCUUCUACCCCGCCCCGUGCGUCCACUUCCCAGCCAGCGAUGGACGCCGCGGAGACCUUAGUGUACCUCGCGACAUCCCCCUCUCCUGCGCGGCCACCAAAAUCCUCCAAUACCUUCUCCGGCCCCGGGCGCGUACUCUUCCCUCCAACAACCCCAAUACAAGCACAUCAGAGGAGUCAGAGCACCCCGAACGGGAGCGUUAACGGGAACGGGACUGCCCUGGGAAACCAGGGCACGCCUUUCGGCUUCUCGUUCAGCGAUUUUGUGAACGUUAGUCCGAGCCCGGCACAGCCGUCGGCAAGCGCGUUUAGGGAGGAGGGAAAGGGGUUGGCUCCCCCUCCAGGUAUAUACUAA